GAGACCGCAUGCGUCACCUCCGCCCCUUUUGUAACCGCGAAAAAGAAAUGGUCCAAUCAGAAGUGAACAGUGAAACGCAAGUUAGUGUAAUCUAUGGAGUUCCUAAUGAAAAACCCUUCUUUAUUUUCGGAAGUUUUUACGAUGUGGCUUUAAGAAAAAAACAUAUUUUUCACAAAAUUCGUGAAAUAUACAACAAGUUUUCAACUCCUUAUGUCGGAAUCUACAUCUUCAACCAACCAACUUUAGUGAUCCGAAGUCCCGAACUCUUGAAAAAAGUGUUAGUGAAAGAUUUCGACAAAUUUAUAAAUCGUAAAGUGGCAGCAAACGAGGCAGUAGAUCCUAUAUCCUUCCACACACUUUUUAGUUCGAAAAACGACAAUUGGCGCAACCUUCGUGCAAAAAUGUCACCAGUUUUCACUUCAGGAAAAAUCAAGCUAAUGUUUCCGUUAAUGAAAGAAUGUGGUUCAGACUUGGUUAACUACAUUAAGAAACAUAAUGGAGAAGUUAUAGAGGCUAGAGAGGUCACGAAGAAAUAUGCUGUAGACAUCAUAUUUUCAUGUGCAUUUGGUAUAAAUUCAUACUGUUUAAAAAAUGACAAUUCUGGGAUUUUACAAAUUGCUACACAACUUGUUGACUUUAACUCGGUUAAGAGAAACAUUUCAAUCUUCUGUUUCUUCUUCAUGCCAAAACUGGUAGACAUAUUUAGACUAACCUUUGCGGACAAACAAGCUUCCGAUUAUUUGAUGAACAUUUUCAAUACUACAAUGGAAGAACGCAGGAAAAACGCAAUCGUACGUAAUGAUCUGAUAGACAUGCUACACAACUUAAAAGAAAAUAGCACCGAUAAAUCAGACUACACCUUUGAUGAUAUAAAAGUAGCUGCACAAGCUUUGUCUUUCUUUUCUGCUGGAAAUGACACAACCUCUCUGACCAUUACUUUUGCUCUUUACGAACUGGCUUUAAAUACCGAUAUUCAGGACCGAUUACGUGAGGACAUUAGGAAACAUCACGAUGCUCAUGGUGAUUUUACUUAUGAAGCUAUUCAAGACAUGAAAUACUUAGACAUGGUCCUAUGUGAAACGCUGAGAAAAUAUCCUUUAACUAAUUUUUUAAACCGUGAAUGUGAAACCAAGUACACAUUUGAAGAAUCUGGACUCACUAUAGAUAAAGGCACUUCUAUUCUAAUUCCUGUUGCUGGAUUACAUUACGACGAAGAGUAUUUUCCUAAUCCAGAAAAAUUCGAUCCAGAGCGUUUCAGUGAUGAAAAUAAAAGUAAAAUAGUUGCAUACACGUAUUUGCCUUUUGGAGAUGGUCCAAGAGUUUGUAUUGGUCAAAGAUUUGCUAUGUUAGUGAGUAAAGUUUCUUUGGCUUAUAUUCUUAAAGAUUUUGCCGUUAAAAAAACAAAUUCUACAACAGUUCCACUUCAGUUGGAUCCGGGGGCUAUAUUUUUAGCGAACAAAAAUGGUGUUCAUCUAAAAGUUGACAAAGUAUAACACUAUUUUAUUAAGGUGUCUAUAACUGUAUAACAUGAAAAUGUAGAUGGAACAAGAGUUUGCAAUGCUUUAUCCUAACGCGCCAACAUUGGUUGAAUAUUUCCCUGUCAGAGAAGAAAGAAUUUUUAAUGUUUACAAGCAAACAUAAAAACCCAGCAAUAUAAUUCUACCGGAAAAUGAAGAAUCUGACAAUGGUAUUGAAGGAGUUAUCUGGACUUCUAAAAUGAAGGAACUUCGUUAGAAUAAUUAUAAUAAUAAGUAUUGAUUUUUUUAUAAUACUUAAUUUUAAUGAUUUUAUUUUUCACAUUUCCUUAAUAUGUUAAUUUUGUGUACUUUGUAUCAUAAUGAAAUAGACAUUGUUGCUUUAAUCAAACACUUAAGAACAAGGAAACAUAUUAAGAUCCAAAUAUGUUAUUUUACAAGGAACCGUAUGAGUUUCAUCAAAGUUACAGCAGCAAUGUUAAUUUAGUUACCUCAAAUUUUAAGUUUUGUUAAACCGUUCAUAAUGUUACUUUAAAUAAUUUUUCAUAAUACAGUCUUA